CAGGCGACGUAUAUGAUUUGGCACUUCCCAUCCCAUCCCACCUGUCGUCUCGUUUGUAAUACACCCAUCUGCCGGCCUCCACCGCUGUUCCUGCUUGAGCGGCGGUCCAUGGAGUCCCUGUGCGUGCUGCUGCUGCACCCCGUGGACGCGUACCUGGAGCAGGAGCUCGGCCGCCGCUGCCGCCUCCUCCGCUUCUGCUGGGACUCCCCGCAGGACCGCCGCGACGACUUCCUCCGCACGCACGGGCCGUCCGUCCGCGCCCUCGUCACCGGCGGUGGCUCCGGUGGUGACGCCGCGCUCAUCGACGCGCUCCCGCGGCUCGAGAUCAUCGCGUGCUACUCCGUCGGCUUCGACCGCGUCGACCUCGCCAGGUGCCGCGACCGCGGGGUGCGGGUCACCAACACCCCGGGUGUACUCACCGACGACGUGGCCGACCUCGCCGUCGGUCUCGCCAUCGCCGUGCUCCGCAGGAUCCCGCAGGCUGACAGCUACGUCCGCGCCGGCCAGUGGGAGGCCAACGGCGAUUGCGCCCUCUCAACACGCUUUUCUGGCAAAAGAGUUGGCAUUAUUGGGCUAGGCAGGAUAGGGCUUGCCGUUGCUAAGAGGGUGGAGGCUUUCAGCUGCCCGGUCAGCUACUACCAGAGAAGAAAACUGGCAGCUUACCCGAACUACACAUAUCGCCCAACAGCAGUCGAACUGGCAGCCAGCAGCGACGUUCUUGUGGUGGCGUGCUCGCUGAACGAGCAGAGCCGCCGCAUCGUGAGCCGCGAGGUGAUGGAGGCGCUCGGGCCCAGCGGCGUGCUCGUGAACGUCGGGCGCGGCGCGCACGUCGACGAGCCCGAGCUCGUCGCUGCGCUGGCCGAUGGCCGCCUCGGCGGCGCCGGGCUGGACGUGUUCGAAGACGAGCCGGACGUGCCCGAGGCGCUGGUGGCGCUCGACAACGUCGUCCUGGCGCCGCACGUGGGGAGCGGGACGCACGAGACCCGCCGGGCCAUGGCGGACCUGGUGCUCGGCAACCUGGAGGCGCACGUUCUCAAGAAGCCGCUGCUGACUCCGGUUGUCUGAAUUCGAUCUGAUGCCGACGGCAAGUUCCGGGCACGCGCUAUCGAUCCAAGGUGUGCUGUGUAUAUACGAUUCGUGGAGUCUGCUCUUGCAGUUCGUGUUACUGAAUGUGCUACGUCUCCAAGUUUGAGUUCUAAUUAAGAAAGUUUUUGCACU